AUGCUCUUUCACAAUGUCACAUCUGUGAUACGCAUCUCUUUGAUGAUUAUUUCCGUCUUGUCGUACACGGUUCCCAGAUCUAUUUAUUAUUCUGAUACGGUGAAGAGACAGCUAGAAGAGAUUUCACCAAAAGAAUCUCAAGAAUCUCUGGCUAUCUCAGGAAGAGGCUUAACACCCCUAAGCGACCUUGUGGGACUUUUUCGUAUUGAUUUUUCAAGUAGGAAUAAUGACAUUAAUAUCAACCAUAAGGAAGCAGACCCUCAGCUGUCUUUCGAAACUCCGCAAGGGGAAUUGUCUGAAGAUGACUUGAUUCUUCGUGUCAUGAGACCAGUGGUACUCAAGCUUGCUGGAAAACUCAAAGACAGGCUCGUAAGGAAGACAUAUGUUUUGGGAGGACUCAUAAGGGAUUCGACAAGGCCUUCCAAUUUAAGAGCAACAAUAUUUAAUGCAACUACUUGGACACAUAAUGCGGCCUUGUUCCGUAAUGGAGUCAAAUCUGUGCACAAAUAUUUGAUGAGCGAUGAAACCAACUCUCUCAAAAUUCUGACUGACAUUAACGCCUCUAAAGCGCAUACUUUGGCUAAUUCGUCAGAGCUUCCGCGUCAUCUGAGCAACAUAUCGUCCGAAAAUAAAAGUUUAGAUGUCAUUUAUGAAAUAAUAUUAAGAAAAGCGUUGAAGCAAAACAGGGCUAAAGCAAGAGUCAUGAAGAGUAUAAAGUUAAAUUUGAUUCGCAUCGUUAGCCAAAAGUUAAAAAAUACUUUUAGACGAUUGUUCUCGGGGUCCGAAGCUUCCAAAAAGCACACAGGGGUACAAAAACAAUGUAUUGAAGGAUUGGGUACGGAACUCGAAGCCCUAACUCUGCUUGAUCACAUUGUAAGGUAUAAAAGUCAAGUUGUUGCUGACAAUAAGGAGCCUUUGGUGACCAAAUCAAUUCAAGUGCAGGUAUCGAAGAAAACUGAAGAACCCCAGUUUGUUCUGGUUGAUGGACAAACGAGACAUUCCAAAAUUCAUGGUCUGACUAAGACUACGGUCCGCUCUAGUGCUCCUUCAUUUCGAUUUCAGAUCAAAUUAUUGAUUGGAACUGUAUUAUUUUUGACACCUGUAUAUCUUUAA